GGGCUCCUUCGCUCCGUGACGUCACAGUUAGGCGACACUCUCUCAUUGUCAGUGAACAAAAUGGCGUCUUACUGUUUGACUGUCACUAGGCUGCGGCUGGCCCUCGGAACUGGUGCGAGACGGUUUCAUGUCUCCGCAGCCUUCAGCGCCAGGGCCAAGGUGGCCAUGAGCCGCUUUGAGCCCGGCUCCUACAUUAACUAUGAGAAGAUGCACGAGAACAUCAACACUGUGCGCAGGAGGCUCGGCAGGCCUCUCACUCUGUCGGAGAAGAUCGUGUAUGGUCACCUGGAUGAUCCCGUGGGGCAGGAGAUUGGCCGCGGACGCACAUACCUGCGCCUGCGUCCGGACCGCGUGGCCAUGCAGGAUGCGACAGCGCAGAUGGCCAUGCUUCAGUUCAUCAGCAGCGGUCUGCCCAAGGUGGCCGUGCCCUCCACCAUCCACUGUGAUCACCUGAUUGAAGCUCAGACCGGAGGGCCUGAGGACCUGCAGAGGGCUAAGGAGGUCAACCAGGAGGUGUACAACUUCCUUGCAACUUCUGCAGCCAAGUAUGGAGUCGGCUUCUGGAAACCAGGCUCGGGCAUCAUCCAUCAGAUCAUCCUGGAGAACUAUGCCUAUCCUGGAGUGAUGCUGAUUGGCACAGACUCCCACACUCCCAACGGCGGUGGCCUUGGAGCCAUCUGUAUUGGAGUGGGAGGAGCUGAUGCCGUGGAUGUCAUGGCUGGAAUCCCCUGGGAGCUCAAGUGCCCCAAUGUGAUCGGAGUGAAGCUCACGGGAACCCUCUCUGGCUGGACCUCUCCGAAGGACGUCAUUCUGAAGGUGGCUGGAAUCCUGACUGUGAAGGGCGGCACUGGAGCCAUUGUGGAGUAUCAUGGUCCUGGAGUGGACUCGAUCUCCUGCACUGGAAUGGCGACUAUCUGUAACAUGGGUGCUGAGAUUGGAGCCACCACGUCUGUUUUUCCCUACAACCACCGCAUGAGGACAUACAUGGAGAAAACCGGCCGUGGAGACAUCGCCCCCGUGUCUGAUCAGUUCCUGGAUGACCUGGUCCCAGAUAAGGGCUGUGAAUACGACCAGGUCAUUGAGAUUAACCUGAGUGAGUUGAAGCCCCAUAUCAACGGACCAUUCACCCCUGACCUGGCCCACCCUGUGUCUGAGAUCGGGGCCAUAGCUAAGAAGAGCGGCUGGCCCCUGGAGGUUAAAGUGGGUCUGAUCGGCAGCUGCACCAACUCAAGCUACGAGGACAUGGGCAGAGCGGCGUCUCUGGCCAAGCAGGCUCUGGAUAAAGGUCUGAAGUGCAAGGCCCAGUUCACCGUCACACCCGGUUCUGAGCAGAUCCGCGCCACCAUUGAGAGAGAUGGAUACUCCAAGAUCCUGAAUGAUGUUGGCGGAAUCGUUCUGGCCAAUGCUUGUGGACCCUGCAUCGGACAGUGGGACAGGAAGGACGUGAAAAAAGGAGAGAAGAAUACCAUCGUCACUUCCUUCAACAGGAACUUCACAGCCAGGAAUGAUGCUAACCCGGCUACUCACGCUUUUGUCACCUCUCCUGAGAUUGUCACGGCGAUGGCCCUCGCUGGAACCCUCGACUUCAACCCCGAGACCGACUACCUGACCAGCCCAACCGGAGAGAAAUUCAAGCUGGAACCUCCCACUGGGGACGAGCUCCCGUCCAGAGAUUUCGACCCGGGACAGGACACCUACCAGCACCCUCCAGCUGAGGGCGGCUCAGUCCAGGUGGACGUGAGCCCCUCCAGUAACCGUCUGCAGCUUCUGGAGCCCUUUGACAGGUGGCAUGGAAAAGACAUGGAGGACUUGAGGGUCCUCAUCAAGGUGAAGGGAAAGUGCACCACUGACCACAUCAGUGCCGCCGGCCCCUGGCUGAAAUUCCGUGGUCAUCUGGACAACAUCUCUAACAAUAUGCUGAUUGGUGCCAUCAACAUUGAUAACGAUGCCGUCAACAAGAUCAAGAACCAGCUGACAGGAGAGUUCGGAGGUGUUCCAGAUGUGGCCCGUGACUACAAGGCCAAUGGAGUGAACUGGGUGGUGGUUGGAGACGAAAACUACGGCGAGGGGUCCAGCCGAGAACAUGCCGCCCUGGAGCCACGGCACCUGGGAGGACGCGCCAUCAUCGUCAAGAGCUUCGCCAGAAUCCACGAGACCAACCUGAAGAAGCAGGGCCUGCUUCCUCUGACUUUUGACGACCCCAACGACUACGAUAAAAUUCUCCCCAACGACAAGAUUACGAUCAAUGGCCUGAAAUCCUUAUCCCCCGGCACGCCCCUGACAGCAGUGAUCAAGCACGCCGAUGGCAGCCAGGAGUCCAUCUCGCUGAACCACACCUUCAAUGAGACGCAGAUCGAGUGGUUCAAAGCCGGCUCUGCCCUCAACAGGAUGAAGGAGCUCCAGUAGUUGGUGGCGGGGCCUGUAGGGGCCACUGAGGGGCCUUGGUGUGGGUUAAGAAGGGGAGCAACAUAGAGAGGCCGAGAGAGGGGCUGCGCAAAGAGCGAGAGACGGUUCUAACAGUAGAUGUUAACCAGGCUGGAUUUGGGGACAGCUGCAGUCACGCACACACACACAAACACACACACACACACACACACACACAUACACAAGGUCGCUGUACAAAUGAAAAGCGCACACACAAAGACAUACACACAAGCACAUACAUGCACAGACAGAUUACUGUGAAAGAAGGCGACAGGCAGACUUAAACACUGAAUCAUUCCUACGAGCAGCAGGCGACCAUUUCAAACACAGAUCCACGGUCGUACUUUCAUACUUUCAUGACACGUGGGCGUCACUAAUUUAUUUCUAUAAAGUUGUUCCAAGUUCACCUCUGCAGAAACCGGCUUGUUGGAAGCUUAAACAUAGAUUAUCAUCUAUAGUGUAUUAACUCUAUUUGAUGAGCGUAUUGAGCAUCAUACAAACCUGAUUCACACAGAUUUUUAUUUUAAAAGUUUUUUGGAUCAGUGACAAACCAACUGCAAAAUUCACCUCGAGUCCAGACUCCAAUAAACCUUUAACAUGUUCCCAACAGCUCAAUAAGCUGAGUUCCUCAACUCCCACGAAUGCACUUAAACAAGUGUUUCUCAGUCACUGUGGAUUCCAGCCACACUGUUAAACUCACGUUUAUUUACUGUAACGAACCCAACGACUGCAGGCCCCCCCCCCCUGCUCUCACUCAGUCUGCGAUCUUGGGUUCUACAUUUAACAUGUGAGUCUCUGUGCACUAGCUGCUGCUCUUCUCUGUCUUAUGGCUCGAUGUUACACCCUAUUGUGUGAGAACAUUUCUGUGUCGUCUCUCUCACACUAGGACAACACAUCAGAGCACUUGUGUUCGCACUUUUCCUGCCAUUUUUUUCUUUCCAUCUGUUAUUUGUCGUGUGAGUGUGUGUGUGUGUGUGUGUCUGCGCCCAUGCACAUUAGGUUAACAUCGGUCUGUUUGCAUCUGUCUGUCCCUCUUCGCUCCCGCUUCCUCUCUUUUUGGAUUCACCAGGCCGGCUCAUGCAAUCCAAACCCCAACCUGAUAUUCGGUUUAACAGGCUGUAAUCAAGUUCGUGUUCCAGUAAAGCUGCACAGGCAAGAUUUCAUGUAAAUGCUGGUGUAUAGACACGAGGAAUCCUCUGUGCCAGUAGCAAGAAAAGCAGCGACUGUGUCACAAAAUCCCCUCGUGUCCACAGAAACCUCCACACUUGUGUAGUAGAUGUUUCUGGAGCGUCACAGAUCAGUCGGUCCUCCAGCUCCGAUGCUGACGUUACAUUAUGUCAGUUUGGUUUCUCUGUGUUAAAGUCCCAGUUUUUCACUUUGUCCUCACAUCAUCAUUCAGUGUGAAAUGGCCUCGUGUGUCUGUGGUGGGAGGAGACAGUCUGUCUGUGUCUGUCUGUGAGCUGAAUGUGGUUUCAGGUUGAGGUUUGGUCCUCCGCAGCACGGGAAGGCCUGCGGUCCUCUUACACAAACUAACGCACAAUCUAGUGUUCAGUCGCCUGUCCACUGGCACUUUGUAGAGUUCGUGGUGUCGUUUUUAGAUGUGCUUUGCUCUGUGUCGUUUUCCUCUUCAGCGUACAUCUGCUGUGUGUGACUCCAUGGGAAUGACUUACAGCUUGUGAAGCUCCUUAUUCAUACACACGUUUUCAGACAGUAGAAAUAUUUAGACUUAUGAUCAUUCUCAUAUUUAAACCACAGUCUUGCCAUGAUGCAUACGUAGUGUGCACCACUGAAAAUAAUGAGAUUAUAUAUUUUUGUGGUUUUAGGGAUAUUUGAGGUCAUUGCUGCUAUGAUUAAUUAUGGAUUACUGCUUCUCCUGUGGCUUUAGUCGUCCUCAUCAGUACAGAUGUUCUGAUUCCAUUCUUCCCUUUGUGAUACUGGACUGAGAACCGAUCCGAUACCAGUGCAUUUAAAAAAAUACCAACUCCUGUAACGUAUUUUAACAGCUGUAUACUACUUACCCUGUAUUGGAGUGAUGAUUGCUAUCAUUGUUGUAUGACCUAUUGCUAGUGUUGUAAUUGGCAACACUGGUCCCCCCCCCCCACUUCGAUGACUUUGCUGUUUUACUUGUGGGACCCAAAACAGACAUAAUUCAGUGUCAUGAUAAGUAAACAGUACUUUACAGUGUCCGUACAGCACAGCUGCUGUAUUGGAGCGGUGAAGACAAAGUGAUUUCUGGAAAAAGCAAAUAGCAGUUUUAUUUGGGUGAAACUAACAAACCUGGUAUUUGGCUUUUUCUACACUGGUUUCAGAAUAUCUGUACUCAUCAGAGUCUGAAUCUGUCACUUCUUGUCGUAGAAUUUCAACCAUUUGGGAUUGAUACAGCUCCUGAGGUGAAUCCCUGUGUACUUAUGAAUCACCAUGUUUGUGAUCUAUAGCUGCACUUUGUAUAGGGAUGUGUACAUAGAUAAUGAGCUGUUAUUAGCAAAGAGAACAAGUAACUGUUGGUGACCUCCUGUAGUCGUUUAUAUAAACACGUGAGUGGUGUUCUUUAACCAGAAUCAACAUUAACUUGAUGUUUUCUCAGAUCAGCUGACUUGUGGAUUGUUUGUUGAAUGAAAAGCACAAACGUUGGAUUGUAGCUGUUGAUCGCUGCUGGGCUUUGACAUUCUUCUGAAGGUGAAAAGGUUUUGAACUUUAAGGACUUCUUGGACAUAAACGACUCCUUGUAAGGUUCGCUGUAAAUUAACUCCACUGCCCAACACUUUGAGAAUCAUCACAAAACCUAUUUCAUGGCCUCACUAGGCUCAUACACACUCCUAAUCAGUGUAUUAUCAUAUUUACCAAAGAUGCCUAAUGACAAUGUUAAGAAAUAAAGGUAACCCAUGAGUUAUUUUUUUUAAAUCACCAAUUUUCAUGUCACAUUUCAAAAAUAUCACCAUCUCCAUAACCAGUUGAUUGUGUAUUUGGUGUUGUUACCUAACAAAAGACUGAAUACUGGUUUUAUGGUUCAGUUUAAACAGCUCUACUGUAAACGGAUGAAUCAAAUCAUGUUGUUCAGGAAGACGUUGUGUGUGGUGACACGUCGGUUGUGUUACUUUGUGCUCAGGUGGGCUCGGUUGGGUCAGGCAACGAUUUCUCUGAUUGUUUUUAAAAUCAACUCAUGUUCAGCAGUGAUUCCCCCACACACACACUCCUGUUUCAACAUUAAACCUUAUUUUUGUAGAUGGUUCAGAAUGCAGUUUUGUAGCUUGCAAGAUUGAAAAUAUAAUAUAAAUGGAAAAUUAAUAAAGAUUAAAAUUCUGAA